UACCGACUUCAAAUCUAUUCCUAUUAUUGAUGUAAGCCCACUUUUGGACAAAUGGGAUCAUCCAAACAUUUCUCAAGAUCAGGGUGCGGCUGAAGUAAUUAAACAAUUAGAUCAAGCUUGUAGAGAAGCUGGAUUCUUUUAUGUGAAGGGCCAUGGCAUUCCUGAUUCUCUUAUGCAAGAAGUUAGACAUAUAUCACAUGUUUUCUUUGAUCAACCACAUGACACAAAACUCAAGAUUAAGCUCUCUGCAGCAACCGGAUACAGAGGGUAUCAGUGGGUUGGACAAAAUAUAACCAAAGGCGAGCCUGACAUGCAUGAAGCUAUUGAUUGCUACAAAGAAGUGAAAGAUGGAAUGUACGGAGGUCAUGGAGAAGUUAUGAAAGGAUCUAACAAAUGGCCUGGUAACCCCCCAGAUUUUGCAAGACUGAUGGAGGAAUACAUCAACUUUUGUACAGAUUUAUCAAGAAAGAUAAUGAGGGGAAUUGCUCUAGCAUUGGGCGGAUCAGUCGAUGAAAUUGAAAGGGAAAAAGCUGGAGACCCAUUUUGGGUUCUACGCAUUAUAGGUUAUCCUGGGGCAUCUUCCUCGAGUGGCCAGGAUGUACAAAAAAAUGAUAUUGGAUGCGGGGCUCAUACAGACUAUGGACUAUUAACACUAGUUAAUCAGGAUGAUGAUAUUACUGCCCUUCAGGUAAAAAACCGAUCUGGUGAGUGGAUAUCAGCACCACCAAUCCCUGGCACAUUUGUUUGCAAUAUUGGCGAUAUGCUACAGAUCUUGUCAAAUGGACUGUAUGAAUCCACCUUGCACCGAGUCAUGAAUAAGUCUCUAAAAUACCGUGUUUCUGUGGCCUACUUUUACGAGCCAAAUUUUGAUGCUUUAAUAGAGCCACUGGAAGUGUGUAAGCAGCAGACUGGUGGGCUGAGAAACUUUGAAGGAGCUGUUUAUGGAAAGCAUUUAGUUGAUAAAGUCACAACCAACUUUGUGGCGUAAUUUUAGUUUUGUCGUACUUCUAGUGGAGAUGGGUGCUCUGAAAGCUAAGUCCUAAUGGAGAUGGGUUCUCUGAAGUCUGAAAUUUGAGUUGGACUAGUUUAUUAUCAAGCUUCGUACAGUCCCUACUUAUUGAUGCAUUAAUUGAAUGAUACCUGGCGACCUUUGGAUCUUUCGAUGAAAGUAUCAGAACUACAAUAUUACUCCGUACCUAUGAAUUGAGGAUUGACAUACUCCGUAUGAAACUUAUCAAUUUAUUGCAUGUUGAAUGAUUGAAAACUUAUCAAUUUAUGGCAGGUUGAAUGAUUAAAAAGUAUCAACUCAAUAACUCAAUUUGUGAGAUGCACUUUUCUGUAGAGAUGAGAAAAUAACUCGGAAUAGCUGGUCAUCAACCGGUCGGGGACCAAUGAAUGAAGAUGAGGUGCAAAGGUUGGAUUAUUCAUGAAUAACGAAAAGGUCGGACUAUUAAAAGAAGACCGCUAAAAGGUUGGAUUAUUAGUUUCCAUUUUCCCUUCAUUUUAUCCUUUCUUAUUUCAUUCUUACUUUUCUUUUUCUUAUUAUCUUUCUUCUAUUUUUGACAUUGAUAUCAUGGAUCGAUUCAUGUUAGUCAAUCCCAACUUUUUUAUUAUUAUUAAGGCAUAAUGUUGUUAUUGUUGUUUUUUGGAGGUUAGAAUUAUAAAGUAAUCACUUUAUUGUUUAUUUUCUUAAAAUACACUAGGACAUAUAGAUGCGUAUGUACGGAGUAUAUUAUAAUGGACGGAGGUAGUAUGAAUUUGGGUAGUAUGAAUUUGGUUUUGUUUUUUAACAGUAUUUGGAGUAAAUUCUUCCCUGAACUCAAUAAUCAAUAUGUUACCCGAAUACCCGUGAAGGAAUAUUGAUUAAAACUUAACACAAGAAUGAUUAAGAAUUAAAGGGAAAUUUAUGUGGUAACCCCUUGGCCCGGGGUAUCCCCUAGACCCAUACUACUUACACUUUAUUCUUAUGUCUCAUUUGCUUUUGCACGUAAACUAAAACAAUUAUUGUACACUUUAUAAAACACUCCUUUCGUCCAAACUGAAUUUCAAAAAUGACUUUUUGGGUCAAACGGACUCAUUGUAAUCACUUAAUUAAGAUAUAAUGCUUAAUUAAAUUUUAAUUUAGAUUUUGUAAUUUUAUAAAGAUUUUAAUGUAGCUUCUGAAUAUGUAAUUUUUUAAUUAUUAAAAUUGAAUUAAUUAUGAACAUGGAGGAUUUAAUUUUAACAUUCGUUGACCAAAAAAUGUUGACUUUGCAAAAUAAUUAGACAAAGGUAGUAAGAGGUUAGCUGUUUUUAGGAUGAGUUUCUUCCAAAAAAAUGAAAAUGAGACAAUUAACUUGAUGCAUCCCAAAAAGAAAAGUAAGACAAAUAAAGUGAUACUGAGGGAGUAUGAGAGAACCUAUAUGUAAUUACGGCUUUGUUUGCAACCACUUGUGGUUAAAUAAUUUUUUUUUUGGGAAAACGUGAUUAGUAGUAAAAGUUGGUAGUGUUUGGUAAAAUAAGUGCUUUUUGUGUAAUAGAAAAGGUAAAAAGUAGAUUCUACACGAAAACCAAGAUAGUAAAAGUUGGUAGUGUUUGGAAAAAUAAGUACUUUUUUCUUAUAAAAAAAGCCAAAAGCACUUAUCAACAGAUUGCAAACAGAGCCUACAUACCUCAACUAUUUGUACAUAAAGAUAUAUUUGUUCUAAUUUUACAAUUUUAUGUUUAAUUGGUCCAAAUGAAAGUUGAAUAGUAUAUUCAUUAUCUAAAUACAAUUGGAGAGAGUAUUUGCAUUACCGAAUUGGAAAUAGCUCUUCCAAAUUCGUCAGAGGUUUCUCAUAAACGUGAAUGAUGAGCUAAAAAAUCAGUAAGUUUAAAACAUUCUUUCCAAGUCAAAUUUGUUAAAAUGAAAAUUCUAAAAAUACCCAACUAAUUUAAGAACUGCAUAUUGAAAAAGAAAAGCAUUUAUUUAUUUUAGAUGCUUUUUUGGUGUUUUUAAACUUAAUAAAAUUGUUAGAAGAUGCACCAGCGCAACGAUUCCUUACAUAUACACUUGUAAUAAAUCUUGUUUCAUUUAUAAGUAUUUUAAUUGUCAGUAGCUGAAGGGGGUGAAUUAUUUCGAUUUUGAAGAAAAUAUCGGUUAAUUGGCAAAAAAAAACAAUGGGACUUUUUGACAAUUCUCUAUAUCUACAAGCAAAAAAAUACAAUGGGACUUUUUGACAAUUCUGAUCUCUAUAUUUACAAGAUUGUUUAUGAUGGAGUGACUGUGACUUUUCAAAGUUACCAUGUUGAAAUGACUAUAAUGUAAACAUUGAACAUAAUUAUACUUACUAAAAGUUACUAAAUCACAUUUUUAUUUGUAACUUUUUUAUUAGUAAUAUUUUAGAAAGAUCUCUGUAUACAUUUCACUUAUUUAGAGAAAAUUAAUACAUGUAUGACUAAAAGCAACACGGUUUCCCGAUGUAUGAUUUGGGUAGUUUUUCCCUAAAAUUAAAUGAUGCAUAAAUGACAUGCCAUCUUGUAAAUGUAACCGUUGCAAUAAAAUACCCAGUAUAUGGUAAGCAUGUACAUCCUUUGCUAGUCAUAUAAUCAUAAAUAAACUUUUUAAGUCAUAUUAUGGGAAACUGGACAUGUUUUGUUUUUCCCGUAAAUGAGAAUUUUUCACCAUCAUUUAUUAGAAAUUGUCCUAAACAUGAGUAAACGUUUUGAAAUUCGAAAAAUAAGACUUUCAUGUUUUUAUUCCCUAAAUAGGAGCGAUUCUGUCAAGUUUGGGGGGAAAUGUCAUGUUUAAAGCCUGGGAUAAUACCAAACUUGGUAGAAAUUUACUCCUACUCGGGAAAUAAAAAACAUGAUAAUUCUAUUUUGGAAUUUCAAAACUUUUUUACUUCAAUUUAGGGAAUUAUCUUUUCAUUUAUUCAGAAAUAAUUUAGAAUUGGGACAGUGCGUUUUUAUGGUGGGUAGAAUGCGUUUAAAAGUGGUAAUUAGAGUAUUUAAAUCAGCAAAAGUUGAUAAAAAAACAAGAGCAAGUGUCUAAAUUAAAUUCCAAAAAUAUGAUUAAAAAGUUGUGAUUGGAGAAAAAUGCCCUUUUAAGGUCAUCAAGGAGAUCGAGCCGCCGCCAGGCCACCACCGACCAUCGCCGGACCUCCUUCUUUGCCGUUGCUACGGACAGCUCCACGGAGCAGUCUCCACUCUCCAGUCUCCACUAUACCAUAUCUAGUGGGAUUAGUAAACACUAGACACAUAACACAUUAAGGCGAAACCCUAAGGGAAUGAUAUACGUACUCAAAACCUUAGCCCUAAAAUGUAAGGAGUAUAAAGUGAUUGGAGCUAGCACCUAAAUUUAGAAUCAUGGACUAAAACCUUCACAAAGUGUUCAAAUAGGAUCAAUUAUAUACGAUAGUAUUUUUAUUCUUGAAAUAGGGUUUAUUAUUUGAUCGUAUUUAAAGUAUAAAACUUCUCUAGUUAGAUGUAAAUGAGUCCUAUUUUAAGAAGAAAAAUAAUGGUGAUUCUAUUUGGGCAAUUAAUUCAUAUUUUAAUCUGAUUUAAUGAAUUCUCACAAAUAUGUACUCAUACUUUGACACUUUUAUAAUGAAUAAAAUUCACUUUUGAUCCUACGAGUAUCGCACCAAUUCCAUAGAUAGUUCAAGUCUUCGACAUGAGCCACUUUAGAUAUAUGACUAUUAAGUUUUCGUCCAUACAUGAUCUUUCCACUGAUAUUUCCGGUGGUUAAAAUCGCCGGACGACCACAAACAGUCAAGAAUCAUUAAUCAAGUAGGAAAACAAGGUGAAAUACGUGAAUUAAAUGUUAAAUUUGCAUAAAUUUCAUACUAUAGGAAGUGAGAUUUAUACCUUUUACUUCUUAUAAUAUAGGAUCCGAGUAUAAUUUGCUUCUAUUUGGGGCAAUUUGUUUAUUCAAAUUAUACUUUAUUGUACAGCUUCCAUAGCCAGAUAGCAACCACCCCUAAGAGCAUCUCCAAUGCAAAAACGUGAACAAUGCAUACGUGGCAUGAAUGAUAGCCAAUUAAAAAAUAACAAAUAGAAUAUCUCUCUCCUUAUUUGAACGGUCUUAUAUGUUUUUGGUAAGUUUUUCUCCACAAUGUCAAGCACAAUGUCAAGAUGUAGACACCGUGGUUGACAUUGCAGAGAAAAACUUACCAAAAACACAUAAAACCGUGGAAAGAAGGAGAGAGAAACGUCAAAAAUUUAAUUUCUUGUGUCUAUUUCUCUCAUGCCACAUAUGCACCGUGCACAUUGUAGCAUUGGAGAUGCUCUAAGGCAGCCGCAAGUACCAUGCAGCCACCACCACAAAUGCUGGCCGUUGGAAAGUCUCUGCCGAACCUCUAGCUACCAUCACAAAGUCGCCCACAACCCGCUAACCCUAGCUAUAAAUGCUAAACCUAAACCAUCCUAUGUCCCUAAACAAUAACGCUAAAGUAGUUUAGGCUAAAGUUAUCUCUUUGGAAAAGUCUUAAUUGCUUAAGGAUCGAAUAAAUAAAGCCCACCCUGUCCUAGCUAGACUCCUAGCUAGCUAUGUUUUGAAACAUGAACAUGGUAGCAAGGUUUUAAAAGUAGUUCUCCUAGAAAUGGUUCAAUAUAGAAUUAAAACUUACACAAAGUUUAAUAAUAAGACUAAGUACAUAGCAGGGACUAUGUUUUAUUUCUCAAAUAAGACUUAUUUAAUUCUAUUAAAAGAAUAAGUUGAUUAAAAUUUCCCAGAGUAGAUCCGUUUAGAGAAUUUUCUCUAGUUCUUGAAUAGUCAGUCAAACAUCAUAAAGUCAAAAUCAUAUGAAAUGGAAGGAGUAGUGUACAAAGAAACACAAAGAACUGAACAAGACAGUAAAUUAGAAAUGAUGAUGAUGAUGUUCUUGCAUACUUCGUACGUCGGUAGCCGGUAGGGCUUCAGCAAAAUCUUGGAGGAAAGAUCAGAAGAUGAAUAAUAUAAUGGCAAACAAACACUGAUAAGAAGCUAUGAUCACGUACUUGUAUGAUGCAUGAAUGUCAACUAUAAGCUCGAUCACCAUGCAGAUCGAUUCACAAAUAUUACCUCCGUCCCAAAAAAUGUUCGUCAUAUUGAUAUUCUUAGUAUGACAAACUUUGGGCAAUGAUUUUGAUUAUUAUAUUUGUAUAUGAUUUAUAAAGUUUAUACUUUAAUGAAAAUAUUUUGAAUAAGAAACAUUUUAAUAUAAUUUUCAUAUUCAAAAUAAUUUCGUAUUAAAAAAUAUCAAUUUGACGAACCUCUUUCGGGACGGAGGGAGCCCGGAGUAUAUAUAUCAAUGGUGCCUGUGUACACUAUUGAGGGCUUUAUAAGUUCUUGAGGACUUCCUCUUGGACUUGCGGGGACGAAGACGAUGAUCGGCCACCGCCUCCACCGCCUCUUCCGCCACCAUUUUCGGAACUUCGACAAUCUGGCAAGGCACUUGCAGCAUGGAUCUCGGGUCGGGGCAUUUCCUGGGCUGCACGAAGAACCUCUUACACUCCUCUGCACUUCUCUGGUUCGGAAGAUCCAAAAUGCAGUUAUUCUGUACAUCAAGGACCUUCUUCUCCAGCAACAGCCUGCAUUCUGGUCCGAUCUGUGUGAAGUAGUUCCCGCUCAGGAUCAGCUCCUCCAGACCCUUCACCUUGCACAGAGAUUCUGGAACCGUCCCAUAAAGCUCAUUGCUUUUCAGGUUUAGAAUCUUCAGAUUCUUGAGACAUCCCAAGGAUUGAGGAAGUGGGCCCGUCAACGUGUUGAUACUGGCGUCGAAAACGCUCACGUUUUUCAGCAGCCCGAUUUCGUAGGGAAGACAGCCCGACAGCUUAUUGUUCAAUAGAAGAAUCUCAGUUAAGGUUGCCGCCGCAUUUCCGAUGCUCUUCGGAAUCGGACCGGUGAGUUUGUUGUUCGCCAACGACAGGAAAUAGGCCGGCGUCUUCCCGAGGGUCUCCGGGAUCGAACCGUUGAACCCAUUGUUGUUCAGAAACAGAGCAUCUAGGUCCAACGUGAAUACCCUGUCGGGAAUGGGCCCCACCAGGGAGUUGUACCGGAGAUCCAAGAAUGUCAAGUUGGUGGCCUCAAGAAGGGCGGCGGGGAACUCUCCGGCGAGCUUGUUGUUGCUCAAAUCCAGCUCGAACAGGGUGGGGAGAGCGGCGGUGGAAACCGCAAGCGGGGAUUCCCCGGCGGUGAAAUUGUUGGAAUUGACGUGGAUUACGGCCAGGUCCGGCAGAGAGUCAAUGAACCCAUUCAGAGAGAGGUGGGUCCCGUCGAGGUUAAACCCGUUGAAGUUGAUCCCGCCGACUCUCAGCCGUGUACUGCCGUCAGGGGAGUAGCAGUGGAACCCUUUGUAGGUCUCUGAGUUGAAGCAGAGCUCGUCUCCGGUCCAGGUUUUGGUGAACCCGUUCGGGUCAUUUGUGAUUAGCUGCUUGAAUUGGGAUAUGGCUGUGAUGGACUUUCUGAUGACCGGAUCCAACGGCGGUAACAUACAGCCGCAUUUAGCGUUGUAUGUAGAGGUGGGGGUUUCCGAUGGUCCUCCGUCGCCGAGAGUGACUUCUGAUGAGGAUUGUGCUGGGGCUGAAGGAGAAGUGGCCGAAGAAGAAGUGACUUGGUGAAGGAGGGGGAGAAAGGAGAAGAAAAGUAUGAAGAAAAAGAGAUGAGAGGAUGAAGAUGGUGCAAAUGAGAAGUAUUUGCAGGCCAUUCUCGUGUCUUGUAUUUAGCUCCGGCCUAGCUCCAGUCUUUUUUCCUGAACGCAAGUUGAAUAGAGUGGAGGACCAAUGCAUUUAUAGGAGACUUUUCAUUUAGAGAAUACGGAGUAUAUAUAUAUAGACUUAAAAGUAAAGUCAUGA